CACGUUCACACACUUCACACGUGCAUUAAUAGUUCAUUUAACUUUCGCGUACAUAUUUUAUUUAUUGUGUUGUUUUCCAAAAGAUGGAAUUAUUUACGUCAACACCUGGAUUCUGCCCUACUUGUGGUUCCAUAUUACCACCUUUGGAUAGUUCUAAGGAUGUAGUCUGUUAUAACUGUAAAAAAUCGUAUAAAGCUGAUGUUUUUGGUGAUCAAAUUGUCGAGUAUACAAUUCAUUUCAACAACUACGACCCCGAAAAGGUCAUAAAAACGAAACAGGAAAAAGAUUCAAGUCCAGAUGGUCCAGUUGUAGAACGUAAAUGUCCCAAAUGUGGUCACGAUAAGAUGUCAUAUGCUACACUACAAUUACGAUCGGCCGAUGAAGGACAAACAGUAUUUUUUACUUGUUUAAAAUGCAAAUUCAAGGAGUCAGAAAACUCGUAGUUUAAUAUUUAGUUCUAUACUUAUCAAAACAAAAAACAAUAAUUUUUUUUUAUUAAAAUUCUGUACAUAUAUUUUUAUUUGAACUCGAAAUAUAACAUAAAAUAAAGUGAGUAAUAAUAAAUUAUUAUAAACUUAAA